CUUAUCAAUAAUAAUAUAGUAUCGUCGUUAGUGUUUAUAUACUUACGUACAGCAGCACAACGUAAAGCCCAAGUGAAUUAUGUAUAGUGAACAAGUAUAAUUAUUGUAAUUAAAGAUCAUGUUUUAGUCCAAAACUAGUUGAAGUGAAUCAUUCUCAUUUAGUGAAUUUUCCAACAUAUUGAAGUGUAUAGUAUCAUAUGGUAGUUAUAAUAUAUUGAUACAUAUUCAAUUCACAUACUGUUUUUAAUAUUUUCGUUAAGUUUUACAGUUAAUUUUACGGUGUUAUUCUGUUUAAUUAUGUUAUAUAAACAAACCUUUAUUUGUUUAAUGAAAUAUUGUUUCAAUACAUUUAUCUCCACAUUAAUAUUGGGUUCUGUUUAAAAAAAUUAUGGAUAAACUUUACAUUGACCAGCAAUUCUAACAUCUUGCUACUUUAAUCUAUUUACAAUAAUCAAAAUUGCCUUAAGACUUAAAAAUUAAAACUCAGCUUUUUGAAAUGGCUAUUUCUACAUCUACCACCAGAGUUCUUUUAGUAACAGCUAAUAUUGGUUCAAUAUUUGAAAAUCCAAGUGUCAUGUUGAAAACGUGGACCGAAGAAUUUUUGAAUACCGUUACAAGAUUGGAUCCCUAUUUUAUUGCACUUCAUUGUCAAGAAGUUGGAGGAAAAAAUUAUGAAGAAAGCAUGAAACAUGUUAAAUUUUUCGUUAGUCUUCUAAUGAAUAGCAAAGAACUGAGGAUCUUCAAUCGAGCGCAAGUCUUUUUGGAUGAAGAAUUUACUUCGGCAGAAAACUUUACAGCUCUUGGUAAUAUGUAUUUUAUACAUAAAUCAAUAAAUGAUGUAUUGUUAUGGGAUUUCAAAGACUUACAGUUUAUACCCAUAACUGAGACUAAUGUUUACUCUGGAAGUAUUGAAGAUGUGUCCACCAAGGAAAAAUCAAAAUUCCCUCAAGAGUUUUUUCCAGAGUGCAAAUGGUCUCGUAAGGGGUUUUUGAGAACUAGAUGGAAACUUAAUGGAUCUACCUUUGAUCUUGUAAAUAUUCAUUUGUUUCACGAUGCAUCGAAUUUCACUGCAAUGGAAUCUCAUCCAUCUGUAUACUCUAUUAUGCGACAAAAAGCUCUUGAAUACACUUUAGAACGGUUCCGUGAAUAUGAAUUUGGAUAUGUGCCAUUUUUUUUAUUUGGAGACUUCAACUUUCGAACUGACACAAAAGCUGUAAUAAUGAAAUUAGUAAAAGGUUUAGAUUUAGUGAAAGACAAUCUAGCUUCAGAUAAUUUAACACUUCAAUAUGCUGAUAGUUCUAAUGAAGUUGUAUUAAAAUUAGGUAAAAAAGAAUUUUGUCACUUGGAUCAUCAAAAUACAUUUGUUUCAAAAACUGGAUCGUGGUUGAAAGAUUUUGAUCAUGAGCUUAAGCCAUUUAAAGACCAAAUAUUUGAAUUUCCCAUUAAAUUUCAACCAAGUUAUCCGUUUGAAGAAAAUGAACAAGAAGGUAAAAAUUAUAUGAAAACGCGAUGCCCAGCUUGGUGUGAUAGAGUCGUUUUAAGCACAGAAGCAAAAUCAUUAUUAGAUAAAAAAGUAUUUGAUGAAGAAAGUUGUGAAUUUGAGUAUGAUCUAAUUGGAAAAUAUACUUGCAUGGGAGAUCAUAAGCCUGUAUACUUGAAAUUGGACAUAAUGAAUAAUGCAGGUACAGUGUUGCAGUGUGAAUGUAAGCUUUACUGUGUGACUCCUAAAACUUCAAAUUGUUCGCUGCAUGCUUUAUUGGGAGUAGAUAUAGAUAAAUGUGACCCUUUAAAAAGUUUGGAUUGUAAAAGUAGCAUGAUAGCUUUAAGUGAAACCUCAAAAAGUUUUGCUUCGACACCGCCUCUUACAACCUUAUCACCAAUGACCCUAGUUACCUCUUCCUCCACCACUAGUACACCUCAAAAUAUAAAUAGUCAUAGAAUAGUUAUAACAGAUGUUGACAAAGAUGAUGAAACAUCAUCUCCGAAUACAUCACCAUCGUUUUCAUGUGGAAAUUUUCUACGUAAGAAAAUUGGUGAUAUAUAUCAAGAAAAUAAAACUGUUUCUUCAUCGUGGUCUAAUUGUGUAUGCAAAACCAAUAAAUGGAAAUUACCCAUAUUGGUACACAAAGCAUGGAGACAAAAUGGUCAACGUCGUGUUCGGCUAAAAUCUAAUGCCAGUCUCAAUAUGCCUCUGCAAAGGUAUCAAAGUCAUCAUAGUUCAUCAGAUGAAGACUGGUUUGAAGAAAUAGCUGAAGAUGAAAUAAACAGCGAAAAAAGUGAAAAAGAUAAUAACAGUAUUUCUAACAUUAGUUCUUAUAAAGAAAAUUAUGCAGAUCCUAUGUCAAAUCAAUAUUCAAUUGAAAAAUCUCAAAUAGAGGAAAAUAGUAUAGAAACAACUGAUGAUUGUUCCAAAGCCACGACGAGUUCUAAUGUAUCCAAAAAAUUUAAAUGGUCCUCUUUUAGAUUAAGAAAAAUAUGUGAAAAAAGUCAACCAUUAAAUACUUUUCCUGUUAGAACUCAAAAAGUACAUAAAGUAAAGUCAAAAAAUUCUUGUAAAAUAAUUUGAUGUAUACAAUUCUUCAUUUAAAAAUAUUAAUAAUGUUCAUUUGAUGGAAUGAUGUUAUAGAAAAAUUUAAAUGAAAGAAACAAAUUAACAUGAACUUUACUUUUAUUUGUCCAUUAACUAUAAUUUUUAAAUUUUCGACUAUUUUCUAUCAAAACGUACCAAAAAGCAAAUAAUUUUUUUUAAAAUCUGUAGUACUCCAAAUAUUUUUAAAUAAUAUUUCUGAAUGCUUUUUAACCCUUUUUACCAUUUAGACUGAGACUAGCGCCAGAGAUUAAGCAAUUAAUUACUACUUAAAUUAUUUCUCUUUGUGUUCCUAUUAUAACAUAAUAUACUAACUCACCUUAUAAAUAAAUACACAAUUGAAAUUAAGACGUUUUAGAGCUAAUGACUGGAAAGCUUUUGUUCUACUAUUUUUAUUGCUAAUUUUAUACUAUUUCAGAGUGUUAAGUGAUAAUAAACAGUAGCAUAGUGUAGUUCAACAGUAUAAGACAAUUGAUAAUUAUUAAAAUUGUUAAUGUACAUUUUUAUUGUCAAAAAAUACUUAAUUUGUUUGAAAUGUUAAUUACAAUUUUGUAUUAUCAAUUAAAAAUUGUCUUUAUCUGUUUUGUUUUUACAUUAACUUAAAAAUGAUGUGUGGCGUGUGAAAAAAAGUAAGACUUAAUAAGACUUAGUAAUUAUUUUUAUGGAACACUGAAGUAAUUAACAAUAUACAAUAAAAUAAUUAUUAGUAUGAAAUUUCAUGAUUUAUUUCUAAAUUUACCAAAGAUUGACUGAAAAAAAUAAAAACAGUGAUUGAGAAAAAUAUACCAAGUAAAGUUUAUUUAUUGUUGUUUUUUAAUUUUUAAAUAUUACCAAAAUCAAAAAGUACCAUAAAAAUGAUUUAAUUUUUUAAGUAUUACUGUUUUAUAUGUAUUUUGCACAAAUUAUUUUAUUUUGCAGUAGCAGCAUUUUGUUUUAUGUUAUGAAUUAUUUUACCGUUUUAUUUUUUAUUUAUUUGUAUAAUUUGAAGUA